UUUCAGUAAUCGUAUAGGCUCUCUUUCAACUACUCCGGCUUCAGAACCACACAUCAGAGCUCGCCUUCACGCGAGCGCUAACCGAUUUUCCCCAAAAAAAUCAGUCGACAAAUCCGUUAUUCAUUUGCACCGUUGUACUUAUCGUCGUAUUUUAACAGUGUAUGUUUUUCAAGUUGACUAUUUUUUAAAUAUACAAUGGAAGGUCGGUUUACAAUUGGUGAGCGCGGUAUCGACAACACCGGUUUUCAAUUACAAGAAAAGGGUGAUUUUGUUAAAAACGGACACCCAGUGAUCAAUCAAACCGCACAAGUACCCAAUCGGAAAAAAUCUUUAGUUCAGUUAACUAGAGAAGUGUUACCUAGAUUGGAAAAUUACAGAAAUUCCAGGAAGGCUUGUAAAAGACCCAGUUUGAGUGAGUUACAUGAAGGCGAAGAAGCAAAAGACAUUACUAUCGGAGACACUAGCAUAAUUGUUGACGAUGUCACAGAACCUCACGGAGGAAUAAAACUAGGAUGGAUACAAGGUGUAUUGAUUCCAUGUAUCCUCAAUAUUUGGGGAGUCAUGCUUUUUCUUCGGCUUUCUUGGGUCGUAGCCGAAGCCGGUAUAGGACAAUCUCUUUUAAUUAUAGCAAUGUCAGCAGUAGUUUGUAUUAUAACGACGUUAUCUCUAUCGGCGAUUUGUACAAAUGGAGAAGUCAAAGGAGGAGGUAUUUACUAUAUUAUUUCCCGUUCUUUGGGACCUGAAUUCGGAGCAUCUGUUGGUGUCGUAUUUGCUUUUGCGAAUGCUGUAUCUGCAUCUAUGAAUACCAUCGGAUUUUGUAACUCAGUUAGUGAUUUGCUCAGUAAUUAUGAUCUGAAAAUAAUUGAUGGUGGUGUUAACGAUACCAGAGUAAUAGGUACUGUCGCUACUCUUCUUAUGAUACUUAUUUGUGCUGUGGGUAUGGAAUGGGAAGCAAAAGCACAAAAUUUCUUAAUAGCUGCCAUUGUAGGAGCUAUGAUAGACUUCAUGGUUGGAACAUUCAUAGGACCUGUGGAUGAUGUACAAAGAGCACAGGGAUUUGUUGGUUUCAACAGUACCACUUUCGUAGAAAAUUGGGGACCGAUGUACAGAAAAAAAGAUGGAAUUAAUUACAAUUUCUUUCAAGUUUUUGCAAUAUUUUUCCCAUCGGUUACAGGAAUACAGGCUGGUGCUAACAUAUCAGGAGAUUUGAAAAAUCCUUCUUCGGCGAUUCCAAAAGGCACCCUUCUAGCUUUAUUAAUAUCGAUGAUUUCUUAUGCAAUAUUUAUAUUAUUUGCUGGAGGUGCUGCUAUGAGAGAUGCUAGUGGAAAUAUAGGGGAUGUAAUGAAUGGUACAGUAGCAGCGUGUGCUGUUGAUCAUAGUUGUAAAUAUGGUCUUUUCAACAGUUAUCAAAUGAUGCAAAUUAUGUCUAGUUGGUGGCCUCUCAUUUACGCUGGAUGCUUCGCAGCUACUAUCAGUACUGCAUUAACUAAUUUACUCUCUGUGCCUAGGCUUAUACAAGCUUUAGGUAUAGAUAGAAUUUACCCCGGACUCAUAUUUUUUUCAAAAGGAUAUGGAAAACAUGGAGAACCUUAUCGUGGAUAUCUAUUGACAUUCAUCGUUUCAGUGGCUUUUCUUUUAAUAGCUGAAUUAAAUGCUAUAGCUCCGUUAAUUUCCAAUUUCUAUUUAGCAUCCUACGCUCUUAUCAAUUUUUGCACCUUCCACGCUGCUUUGAUUAAGCCUUUAGGGUGGAGACCAACAUUUAGGUAUUACAAUACAUGGUUGAGCCUUUCUGGAUUCAUUAUGUGUGUCGUCAUUAUGUUCCUCAUUAAUUGGUGGUCUUCUUUGAUAACAUUCGGAAUCAUUUGGGGAUUAUAUCUUUUAGUCGUAUACAGAAAACCAGAUGUGAAUUGGGGAUCAUCUACUCAAGCUCAAACUUACAAAACAGCCCUAACAACAGCACAAAGGUUGAACAAUGUCAGUGAACACGUCAAAAAUUAUAAACCGCAAAUUCUGGUUUUGUGUGGAUAUCCACAAACGCGGCCGUUAUUACUAGAUUUUGCAAAUUUAAUUACAAAGUCUCACUCAUUGCUGAUUUUGGGAGAUGUUGUUAACAUACGGAUAAAUCAUAGACUUCGAUCAGCGAGAAGCUCAAAAGUAUACAGUUACUUGAGAAACAGAAAAAUUAAAGCGUUUUAUACAAUGAUUGACAACAUGUUGUUCGAAAUAGGCGCUAAAGCUCUUCUUCAAACUUCUGGUAUAGGAAAGCUCAGUCCAAACGUUCUUAUGAUGGGAUAUAAGAAUGAUUGGCAAUCAUGUAAUAAGGAAGAACUAUUAGCUUAUUUCAAUGUCUUACAUGCUGCGUUUGAUCAUAGAGUAGCCGUAGCUAUUUUAAGAUUAAAAGAUGGACUAGAUUACAGUAAGUUAUUAGAUGAAGCACAACAAGAUCCUAUAAGCAGCGAUGCUACUUUGACACCUGCCAUGAAGCACGAGCUCGGCACAUCAGUGACAAGCAAUAUCAUGCACGCAGAUUCUAAUCUGAGUUUACCAACAGUGGGACUUCCCGAAAAUAAUUCGUACUUAAAUCUACAAACACCAACAGGUUCGACUCGCGUUGAAAAGAAAAAGCAGCAUCCGGGUUUAAAUGAAAUUUUAGAGAAGUCACCUGAAAAAAUAGGUAAACUGGAAGAACAACUUGAUAUGUUUAAGAAGAAACAACCAAAAGGAUUUAUUGAUGUAUGGUGGCUGUACGAUGAUGGUGGAUUGACUAUGUUACUGCCUUAUAUCAUAUCUACCAGAAACAGUUGGUCCAGUUGUAAAUUAAGAGUAUUUGCUAUGGCAAAUAAUAAAAACGAAUUGGAACUUGAGCAGAAAAAUAUGGCAAAUUUGCUGUCCAAAUUUCGUCUGGAUUACUUUAGUUUACAAAUGGUUUCUAUAGGAGAUAAACCUCAAGACACAACCAUUGAAUUCUUCAAUGACUUAAUUGCUCGUUUCGUUACCAACGGGGAAGUUGAAGAAAACGAUUGUAUGAUCAGCGCAGCGGAAAUUGCAGCUUCACAAGACAAAACUUACCGGCAGUUGCGCUUACGUGAACUCCUUUUACAACAUUCCAGUGACGCCAACCUAGUUGUAAUGUCCCUUCCCAUGCCCAGAAAAGGCACUGUAUCAGCGCCGUUAUACAUGGCUUGGUUGGAGGUACUUACCAAAGAUUUGCCCCCUUAUUUACUUGUUCGAGGCAACCAACAGUCUGUGUUAACUUUUUAUUCUUAAGUUGUAGUAUUUUAUGUUGUAUAUACUGUAAUAUGUUGAUCUUUAAUUUAUAUAUAACUAAAUCGUAUUUUGCCAGAAAUAAAGAAAAGUAAUAAAUUA